GAGACGAGAGGGCCCGGCCCCGCCGCGGCGGCGGGGACUCGCAGGCCCCCGAGACUCCGGAGGAGGAGCCGACACCCAUCCCCUAGCUGGUCCCGCCCGGGCCCCCUUCUCCGCGGCUCGCCGACUUCCCUUCGCGACCAAGUUGGCUCCUUGUGCCCGUGGAGGAUUGAGCUCUAGCUCUAGAACGCGCCUGCUGGCAGACUUUCUCGGUUUGUUUUGGGAGAUCACUGGUUUUGUUCCAAUUCCCAUCCCCUUUCCUUGACCCUUUCCCGUCGGACGUUCUAGAUGACUGAAUGGAGUUUUGAGUUGGACUUUUGUGUCCCCUACGGAGUCGGGCCUGAUCCCAGAGCACGGGGGGUGGGGUGGAGGUGUUCCUGUAAAAUGCAAGUUGGAUAAAAGGAGGACCUCUCGCCAAGGGCCCCAAUGAGUGGCACACAGUCUACUAUCACCGACAGGUUUCCCCUCAAAAAACCUAUAAGGCAUGGAAGUAUUUUGAACCGAGAGUCACCAACAGAUAAGAAGCAGAAAGUUGAGCGCAGUGCAUCACAUGAUUUUGACCCCACAGAUAGCUCCUCCAAGAAGACAAAAUCUAGUUCAGAGGAGAGUAGAUCGGAGAUAUAUGGUCUUGUUCAGCGUUGUGUAAUCAUCCAGAAGGAUGACAAUGGAUUUGGGCUGACGGUCAGUGGAGACAAUCCAGUUUUCGUACAGUCUGUCAAAGAAGAUGGGGCAGCCAUGCGGGCUGGAGUCCAGACAGGUGAUCGGAUCAUCAAGGUGAAUGGAACUCUGGUGACUCAUUCAAACCAUUUCCAGGUGGUGGAGCUAAUCAAAUCUGGUUCCUUUGUAGCUCUUACUGUUCAGGGACGCCCACCUGGGUCGCCCCAGAUUCCACUGGCUGAUUCUGAGGUAGAACCAUCAGUCUCUGGACAUAUGUCUCCCAUCAUGGCAUCCCCUCAUUCACCUGGAGCAUCUGGGAAUAUGGAAAGAAUUACUAGUCCUGUGCUCAUGGGGGAGGAAAACAAUGUGGUUCAUAACCAGAAAGUAGAAAUUCUGAGAAAAAUGUUACAGAGAGAGCAGGAACAGCUACAGUUAUUGCAGGAAGAGUACAACCGAACACCUGCCCAAAGAUUGCUAAAAGAAAUCCAGGAGGCCAAGAAACACAUUCCUCAGCUGCAAGAGCAGUUAUCCAAAGCCACAGGCUCUGCUCAGGAUGGAGCUAUAGUUAUGCCCUCCAGGCCUUUAGGUGACACAUUAACAGUCAAUGAAGUAGAAGCAGACACUGGAGAGGGACUAGGCAGAAUUGACUACAGCAGUGGAGAUGCUUCUCGGCCCGGUAGUGACAGUGCAGAUAGUCCCAAGAGUGGCCUAAAAGAGAGGAUUUAUCUAGAGGAAACCCUUGAGAAGAGUGAACUAAUUCAGGAUACUGACAGUCAGUCACUUAUUGGGAGUCCUUCAACUCGUGUAGCACCUCAUAUUAUUGGAGCAGAGGAUGAUGAUUUUGGUACUGAACAUGAACAGAUCAACGGGCAGUGCAGCUGUUUCCAGAGCAUUGAACUGCUGAAAUCUCGUCCUGCUCACUUGGCUGUUUUCUUGCACCAUGUGGUUUCUCAGUUUGACCCUGCAACAUUGCUCUGUUAUCUCUAUUCAGACUUGUAUAAACAGACCAAUUCCAAGGAGACUCGUCGUGUAUUCCUUGAAUUUCAUCAGUUCUUCCUGGAUCGAUCUGCACACCUGAAAGUUCCUGUUCCCGAUGAGAUAUCAGUAGAUCUAGAAAAAAGAAGACCUGAGCUUAUUCCUGAGGAUCUACAUCGACACUAUAUCCAAACUAUGCAGGAAAGAGUCUACCCAGAAGUUCAGAGACACUUAGAAGAUUUUAGGCAGAAACGUAGUAUGGGACUGACCUUGGCUGAAAGUGAACUGACUAAACUUGAUGCAGAGCGAGACAAAGAUCGGGCAGCUCUGGAGAAGGAGCGGGCAUGUGCGGAACAGAUUGUUGCCAAAAUUGAAGAAGUGUUGAUGACUGCUCAGGCUGUAGAAGAAGAUAAGAGUUCGACAAUGCAGUAUGUUAUUCUCAUGUACAUGAAGCAUCUGGGAGUAAAAGUGAAAGAACCACGAAAUUUGGAGCACAAGCGAGGUCGUAUUGGAUUUCUUCCAAAAAUCAAACAAAGUAUGAAGAAAGACAGGGAAGGUGAAGAAAAAGGGAAACGAAGAGGCUUCCCCAGCAUUCUGGGACCCCCAAGGAGACCAAGCCGCCAUGACAGUGGUGCAAUUGGCAGGGCCAUGGAACUCCAGCAGAAGCAGCGCCAUCCUAAGCACUUAUCCACACCCUCAUCUGUGAGUCCUGAGCCACAGGAGUCUGCUAAGAUACGCCAGAGUGGGUUAGCAAGCGAUGGAACAGACAUUGGAUACUUGCCAGCCAAUUCCAUGUCCUCUGUGUCUUCAGGGGUUCCCCUUCCCCAGGAAGGAGGGAAAGAGAAUGAUAUGGGAUCAAAGCAAGUUGGAGAAACACCAACAUCCGGCGACUCCCUAGAGAGCACACCACGUACACCCAACACAUUCUUUGAUUUCACACCUCCUACACUAGACCAAGUACAGGAGGAGGAGUGUGAAGUAGAAAGAGUGACUGAGCAUGGAACACCAAAGCCCUUUCGAAAGUUUGACAGCUCAGCUUUUGGAGAAAGUCAAAGUGAAGAUGAACAGUUUGAAAAUGACUUAGAGACAGAUCCACCCAACUGGCAACAGCUUGUUGGUCGAGAUGUGUUAGUGGGACUAAAGCCUUGUGAGAUCAAAAGACAGGAAGUAAUUAAUGAAUUGUUCUAUACCGAAAGAGCUCAUGUUCGAACAUUGAAGGUUCUUGAUCAGGUGUUCUAUCAGCGAGUCUCCAGAGAAGGAAUUCUGUCACCUUCAGAACUACGGAAAAUCUUUUCAAACUUGGAAGAUAUUCUUCAACUUCACAUUGGACUGAAUGAGCAAAUGAAGGCUGUUCGAAAGAGGAAUGAGACUUCUGUUAUUGAUCAGAUUGGGGAAGAUUUGCUGACCUGGUUCAGUGGCCCAGGCGAGGAGAAGUUGAAACAAGCAGCUGCCACCUUUUGCAGCAACCAGCCUUUUGCCCUGGAAAUGAUCAAGUCUCGUCAGAAAAAGGAUUCUCGAUUCCAGACUUUUGUGCAAGAUGCUGAGAGCAAUCCACUGUGUCGUCGCCUGCAACUGAAAGAUAUCAUACCCACCCAAAUGCAGAGGCUUACUAAGUACCCUCUUCUGUUGGAUAAUAUUGCCAAAUACACAGAAUGGCCAAUAGAAAGGGAGAAGGUGAAGAAAGCUGCUGAUCACUGUCGUCAGAUCUUAAAUUAUGUAAAUCAGGCUGUCAAGGAAGCAGAAAACAAGCAGCGCUUAGAAGAUUAUCAGCGUCGCCUCGAUACCUCCAAUCUGAAGUUGUCAGAGUACCCAAAUGUUGAAGAGCUCAGGAAUUUGGAUUUAACAAAAAGGAAGAUGAUUCAUGAAGGACCAUUGGUCUGGAAAGUGAAUAGAGAUAAAACUAUUGAUUUAUACACAUUGCUGCUGGAAGACAUUCUUGUCCUGCUACAAAAGCAGGAUGAUAGACUGGUAUUAAGGUGCCAUAGUAAGAUCCUGGCAUCUACAGCUGAUAGCAAACACACAUUUAGCCCUGUCAUUAAGUUGAAUACCGUGUUGGUUCGACAAGUAGCAACAGAUAACAAAGCUUUAUUUGUCAUCUCCAUGUCAGACAACGGAGCCCAAAUUUAUGAACUGGUGGCACAGACAGUUUCUGAAAAGACUGUGUGGCAGGACCUAAUAUGUCGGAUGGCUGCAUCAGUGAAGGAGCAAUCCACCAAGCCCAUCCCAUUGCCGCAGUCAUCACCGUGCGAAGGAGACAAUGAUGAAGAAGAACCUCCAAAAUUAAAAGUAGAACAUCAUGGUCUUUCAGUCACUGGUAUACAGAGUCCAGAGAGAGAUUUGGGAUUAGUGUCUCCCUUAAUAUCAUCCAAACCUCAAUCGCAUUCACUGGACACCUCUGGAAAAUCGGAGGUAGAUGACCUCUUUGCUACUGAGAGACAGUUUGCAAAAGAGCAACAUGAAGAUGGGACUCUAAAGGAAGUUGGAAUAAAUUAUCAAAUCACAAUCCCAGAUCCACAUUUGCCUGUCUCAGAAGAACGGUGGGCCUUGGAUGCACUAAGGAAUUUGGGUUUGUUGAAGCAGCUGCUGGUACAGCAGCUGGGUUUAACUGAGAAGAGUGCUCAGGAAGACUGGCCACGUUUCCCCAGACACAGGACAGCCUCUCCAGAGGAGCAGGCAGAUGGUCAAACCCAGAACUCUGAAAACAUUAAGGCCUAUCACCCUGGUGAAGGACAGAUGCCCUUCAGAACUGGAACUGGUGACAUUUCAACUUGUUAUAGUCCACGGACUUCUACUGAAUCAUCUGCUUCACGAGAUUCAGUAGCACUGGCAUUCCAAGAUGGCCAGGCAAGUAAUACUUUAGUAACGGGCCAUAUGCUUAUGGUCCCAGAGAUGCCUCCUGCAGAGCCAGAAGUGGGUCUUGAUGAGAGUGGAGAGCACUUUUUUGAUGCCCGUGAAGCACAUAGUGAUGAUAAUCCAUCAGAAGGUGAUGGAGCAGCUAAAAAGGAAGAGAAGGAUGUUAAUUUACGCAUCUCAGGAAACUUUCUGAUCCUCGACGGCUAUGAAACAGUACAGGAGAGCUCCACGGAUGAUGACCUCACCUCCCUUCCCCCACAACACUUGACAGGCCUCCCCUCCACGGACUCUGCCCACCAGCACCAGCAGUCUCCCAAGAAUGCUCAUUCUGAUGGGGCUGUUUCACCAUUCACCCCAGUGUUCCUGGCCCAGCAGCGCUGGGGAGCUAUGGAGGAUUCCUGUUUUGAAGUCCAGAGUCCUUCCUCUUGUGCAGAUUCACAGAGCCAGAUCAUGGAGUAUAUUCGUAAGAUAGAGGCUGACCUUGAACACUUAAAGAAAGUAGAAGAGAGUUACACCAUUCUUUGCCAAAGGCUGGCUGGAUCAGCCCUCACAGACAAACACUCAGAUAAAAGUUAGAGCCGCCUGUCCAGGAGGUGACUGAAGGUUGUUGGAUUUUGAGCUUCGACCUUGUAUCACUACAUCCUGGCUGCAGUGUGGACACAAAGAAUGUGUGACAGAGGACCUGCCUGUGAACCCCUCUGGGGUUAGCCGUGUCCCAGGGUGCCCAUAGUGGGACUAGUUCUUCACAAUGUGGCAGCUGCACUAGUCUGUCAGUGAGGGAAUCCAUUCUCUCACUCUGCUCUCCUCACUAUUGGAAAUUCGUUUUGAUUCAGAACAAAAACCAAAUGUAUAGAGUUUUGGGUGUAGGAUAUGAAAUUUUACUUAGACUUAAAGAAAAAGAGAAAAUCAGUUGUAUUUAUUUGACUUCAUUCCAUAUUUGAAAGCACAUUUUAAUUUUUUUUUUUUUGCCAUGUUUUGUUUUGAAUAGUGAGAGUUUUAGCCCUUUGUAUUUUGUACACCCAAGGAUCAGUUGCUCCUGAAGCAGAGUUCAAAUGGGGUAUUAGGAAGUUGGGGAGAGUGGUGAUGAAGAGGAGGAAGUGAGAAGAGGGUGGGGGGAGCAUCUUGUCUUCACUAAACUGUACUCUAUGCCUCUGCUGUCCAAUAGGCUGUUUCUCUGUGGGUCACCUCAAAGGUGUGGUAUGCCCGAGGCUCCUAUCUGCAGAGGACUGGCACUGAGUGCUUCCCAGGUGGUCAGAUUAGGUGGACAGCCCCCCACCUGAGGCAAGCACCUCUUCUUUGUAACUGGGAUCAACCCAAUUAACAGGAAUCCUCAAUGUACUAAAUAGCAGGCACUUGAAAAUGGGUGUGUUUUCUUCUUUUCUAUUGAGGGUUGGGACUUGGGAGGGAGAGGAAAGCAAAUUUUAUUUUCUUGAUUAUAAAUUUGUUAUUCUUGAUGUUAUUUCAUUUUUAUAAUUAUUCAUUAGACUUUGGCACUUGUGUAAAUUAUCCCUGCAGAUCAAGCAGGAAGUAAAACCAAGUACAUGGAGAUGCUUCAGAUGGUGGCGGGUGUGGGUUGCUGACGAAGGGUGGGCUGGGAGCGGGUAGGAGUCCGGGAAGGUUAUCUAAUUGAAUCACUACUGAGUUGAACAAUGGCAGUUACUAGCCACGGGUAUUGCUGAUGAUAAGGCCAGUAAACUUUUAGUACCUGGAGGUUUGACUCUGAUUUUUGCACUGAUGGUGCCAAAGGGCUCUGUGAGUACAAAGGAGAGCCGAGAGUGGAGUGGAGAAAGGUGUGAUGAAGAAGGCAGAGCUGCUCAAGCCAACACCAGAAGCACCUCCUCUGACUUCAUUCACUGCUGGCGCUUUUCCACACCGGGGCAUGACUGACCUUAAAAAUUGCAGACCAGAACAUACACUGGACCCUGCAGGCAAGGUGUUGGUACCCGCCUGCUCGGGGUGGGUAGUAGUCUUGGCAGCACCCCACAGAGGACGAAUGUUUCAGAAUUGUGACUUGAGGACACCUUCACUUUUAUCGGCUUUCUGUGGUUUUCUUCGUGCUUCAAGUACAUGUUUUGGAGUAAUUUUGCCAACUAAAACUAAAUUAUUUGUCAAAUGUUAAAAUUUUCUUAAUGUGCAGGGAGUUCAUCUACUGCUCAUAUCUUUCAGUAGUACCUUCUGAACUCUGGGUAAACAGGAUAUAAUUUUAUUAUAUUUCCUGCAGUCUGAUAUAUAUACAUAAAUAUAUAUUCUCCCCCUCAUUACCAAUGACAAGUUCCCAACUUCUUUUGUAAACACCACUACAACUUAGCAAGCACAUCUAUGUCCAGAUUCUUGUUUGUGUCUUUCCAAAACUGAUCUGGUUUGGAUCGUUGGACCUCAUCUGUAAAUUAGAGUUAUAUUUUGAGUCCUAGGCCAAGUAAAUCAGAAUGGACUUAAAAAUUUUUAGAAGCAGAAGCUAAUAUAUAAAUGAAGCUUGGAACUUGAAUUUUCUGUAUCUCUUAAGAGAAGCAAGUAGAAACCAAAUGGUUCCACAGUGCUGCUGGGUAAUGUAAUUGCUCCCAACUCAAAGGGCUGCACCUGUAGCCACUUCACACUGAUGCCAUCAGUGGGCAAUUAAUCAGGAGAAAGGUAAAUAUAAAUAGAACUUUCGUGUUAACUUCAGACACUACAGGGUAAUUACAUAAUUCUCUGGCACUCAAUUAAGGAGCUUUCUAAGUUAGCAAAGUUUUGGUUUUUCUUCUAGCUCAGCCAGAAUCUCAUCUAGCACAAUUUGCUUUUCUCUAUUUGCAGUUAAACUUCUUGGAACAAUAACAGGGCUAACUGGAAAAAAAUUAUUGGACCAUAACUCUAGUACUUCUAAAUAAAUUCAUGUUGAGAUUUUUCAAAGAAAAUCUAAUUCUGAAAAGUUUCCCCCAAUUUUAAGUGUUUUUAUCUUAGCAGCCUAACUUCUUUCCUCUUCUAUUCCAACCUGGCCCUCCACCCGUUUUGUUUCAUUUUGGACAUUAUGCUCACAUCCAUUUCAUAUGACACUAUCUUUCAACAUGGAAUUAGAUACUCAUCCUAUCUGAGUGACACUGGUUACCAUCAAAGCAUUGUUUUGAAGUUACAGAAUUAGAAAGUAGAGCCUACUUCCACGUGGGAGUGGGCAAGGGGGUAGACAAAGGGCCUUCCCAGAACAGGAGAGCUGGUUGUAGCAGUGGGAGUGACCUGCCGUGACCCUGUUCUCUCGCUGGGCCUAAUGGCUCCUUUGCUAUUAGAUGGCAAAUUACAUUUGGAGUCUCUCCUUCCUUUUCAGAGGACAGAAUUAAUCAAGGCAAAUCAGCCAGGCCCAAAGUGCUGUAAUUUAAAAUCAUGAUUACUGCCCUACAAGCCAUAUGUUUUGCAUACUUUAAAAUCAGCUCACUUGGACUGUUUGAGUUAUCUUUGAGAAUCCAGUAACUCUUUAUUACAUUAGGGUGUGGGAGGUGGAUUCAUAAGCGUCUUUGGCUUUCUUUUCCUUGAAAUGACUUCAAAUGACUAUUAAAAAGGUUAGGUCCCCUUUAAAACAUUUCUUGGUUUCUCAGGGAAGCUCCCUUCCCUGAGGGUGGCAUAUGAUAUUAUUUUGAGAUACUAGAGUUUUGGUCAAUAUUUCCCCCAUCCCUCACGGUCAAUAUUUUCUUCCUGUGUGUCACAGAGAACCAUUGAGAGGUGUGUACAGAGGCCCUUGGAAUGGAAAGCAGGACCUUCCAGUCAGCUUUCUACUGGCUACUCCACACCCCACCUCCCCCAAUAUUAUUGUCAUUUUUGUUUUAUAAAUCACGUUUCUUCUGACUUUCCACCCCUUUACAAAGUGAUGUGCAAAUUUGUUCUUUCCUUUGCCUUAUUCCAUAAGCCUUCCCCAGUGAUACUGAUGGCUUUGACAAUUGGUAGAAAAAUAAUGACCCUCCUAGAAGGAAGCCCUGUCUGCCAUUUCCAGGUGCCAACUGCUAAGCAGAUACACUGCAAAGUGAUAACUGUAGUGUGCACACUGUUGGUUAUUUUUAAUAAGCCUCUUCCUACUAGAACAUUUUAUUUCCUUGUUCACCAUACAAUCAUGUACUCUUUAACAGAAAUUACUUUUAAAAAAAAAAUCUGGAACUAUCUUUUAAAAAACUUUAUUAAUAAUCAUGUAUUUUUACUGAUCACAUUUUGAAAUGCCUAAAAGACUUUAUUGUUCUAAUUAUCCAGAUGUACCUUUGUAAAAUAGCUCUUUUAUGAAUUAGCUGAUAAGGCUCUAUGUUUCUGGAACAAAAUAUUGGUCAUCUAAAACCUUUCUGUUUUCUGGGGUCUGGGAAAAUAGAAAAUGAGAGUUCAAAUAUUAAAUAUGCUUAA